AUGAGUCAUUUAUUCACUAGAAUGGUAACAGUAUGGUUAGAACAACAAACGGCAUCGAUUACGACACAAAAUGGAUUAAAACCAGUUUGUACCAAACGAAAACGUACUAAGUAUGAUGAUUUAUCGAACAAGAGAAAAAUUAUUAUUAAUUCAACGACAAUGAGUGAUAAUGAUGAUGACGAACGUUUAUAUCUUUCACCAAGAGUCUCUCCGAUAAUACCAAAAGCUACGAAAUCUUCUAGUUUCGUCAAUCGUUCUUCAUCAUUAAUGGUUGUAUCUUGA